AUGCCUCAGGGUUUCGAUGUUGACGACACCACGUCCGAUUUCGAUGAAGGCGUCGCCAACAGCACGACUUCUUUGUCAUCUUCUAUCUACGAGGCUUCCAACGACGAUAAACAGAACGAAUCUCUCGAUAUCGUCCACCACGUUCAUCUACUCAUGCUCGAUAAUCAGCUGUUCAAAGCACCUCUGACGGACGUCCAGAAAGUACUUGAUGUUGGCACAGGGACAGGUAUUUGGGCAACAGACGUCGGGGACAACUAUCCAAGCGCCGAGGUUAUCGGAAUCGAUAUUUCCCCUAUCCAACCGUUUUGGGUUCCGCCCAAUGUUACCUUCCAAAUCGAUGACUGUAAGCUGGAGUGGACUUUCCAAGAUGACUCGUUUGACUUGAUCCAUAUUCGUUGGAUGUUCGGAAGCAUUGCAGACUGGAAUGCUCUAUUCCAGCAGGCCUACCGAUGUCUCAAGCCUGGUGGAUGGCUCGAAAGCCACGAAGCCUCCACACAAUUCAGGAGUGACGACGGUACCGUUGAGGACGAAUCAGCGAUGAGCCAAUUCAGCGAAGCAUUGGUCCAAGGAGGAAAGAAGAUGGGACAGUCAAUGACUGUCGUUGAAGAUGGAACUCAGCGGAAGGCUAUGGAAGCAGCCCAAUUUAUGAACAUUAGGGAGCAGGACUACAAGGCACGUAAACAUUCUUGGGAAAUCUUGUUAUGGAACUGA